UAGGAAACGUUCAUCUGUAUGUGUCUCUUUUCUUUUCCUAUUCGACCGGUAUUUCUGUUUGUCAGAAGGUUUAGGGAUGAUUUUAGGAAUAAAACAAAAGAUAAAGGGGUGAAAAUGUAAGUUAGAGAAUUCUUCUAUAACAUGACGUUCACCGUUCAAAAGCGUUCAUAUAUCUUUCACUUAUCUACACUCUUAGACGCCAUAGCCAUGGAAGCAACUUUGCAGAAACAGCUUUUUCCGAACCAUCUGCUAAUUUCACCAAGAACACCGUCAUUUGUCCAUCAGAAAUCGAGUUUUUCAACUCAAUUUUUGAGUUACUCCGGUUUCCCCAAAUUUCCGAUUGUGGAACGUCGUCAUAGGAACGCAAACGCAACGAAGAUUAAUGCAAGGAGAAGGAGAUCAAACAUGGAAACGGAUACGUAUGUAUUAAUGGAGCCAGGGAAGGCUGAAGAAUUUGUAGAUGAGGAAGAACUGAGAGCCAGAUUGAAGAAUUGGCUAGAAAAUUGGCCAGGCACAUCGCUUCCUCCUGAUCUUGCAAGAUUUGAAUCCAUUGAUGAUGCUGUUUCGUUCCUUGUAAAGUCAGUGUGUGAACUCGAAAUUGAUGGAGAUGUUGGCUCGAUUCAGUGGUAUGAAGUUAGUUUGGAAUGAAAUCAUUCAAGUAAUUUGCAAUUACAAUUUACAAAACAAUUAAAUGCCAUAGUUUUGCCUCCAUUCAGUUCA